UAUGUUAAUGUAUUCUAUCAAUUUUAUUGAUAUAGAACCUUGUCGACAUCUAUUUAAGAGUUGGCAAUAUAAUAGCUCGUCGCUCUGCGGCUGCCGUUGACGUUUUUAUUUUCAUACGGGGAGUAUUAUUUCUUCAAAAUUUCCAAUACCUAUCUAAUCCGGCCAUCUAUUUUAAACGGAUGACUGGUAAAGUUAAAGUCUUGUAUGUUUUGUUGAUUUUUAGUAUUACAUAUGUUUUAUCGACCGGUCCAAUUCAAGGCUUCGGCAGGGAAGCCCUUCUAUGAAUAGUGCGGAUAUCUUACAUACGAAAUCUUCAAGCAAUUUGAAUAAUAUGCAAUGGAAAUUCAAUGGCUGGAAGGGGAGGUUGCUGUCGGUGGUGUUCCUGGUGGUAUUCUGCAAUUUGGUAGCAGCCCAAAAGAUUGGCGAUCCUUACCAAAUACUUGGUGUUCAUCGUAAAGCUUCACUUCCUGAAAUAAGGAAAGCUUACAAGCAGCUAGCUAAGGAAUGGCAUCCAGAUAAAAAGAAGGUUCCAAAUGCUGAGUCCCGCUUCGUAGAGAUCAAACAGGCAUAUGAAUUGCUGUCAGAUACGGAACGGAGACAGGCGUAUGAUCUGUACGGCAUCACCAAUGAGGAUGAACACAUGUACAAGCAGAGGCAUGAUUACAGCCAGUAUGCUAGAUUCAGCAAUGAUCCAUUUGAGGAAUUCUUUGGAACUCACUUCCGGACUCAAGAUCAGGACAUCACGCUUUUCCAUAAGCUGUCUGUCACUGCCAGGCAUUUCGAAAACAAUAUAAUCGAGAAGAGCGUCCACACGCCCGCCGUGGUCCUCUUCUACACGGACUGGUGUUUCGACUGCGUUCGCUCGGCGGCCGCGUGGCGGCGCCUCGUGGACGCCCUGCAGCCGCUCGGCGUCACCAUGGCGACCGUGCACGCGGGGCACGAGGCGGGGCUCGCGCGCCGCGUCGGCGUACACGGCGUGCCGUGUUUGACGCUGGUGCUGGACAAACAUGUGUACGUGUAUAAGGAGGGGCUGUCGUCUAUGCCAAAGAUUUUGGAAUUCAUCCGCUGGAAGUUCCCAUACAAGAUGGUGCGGCCCAUAAACGAUGGAAAUGUAGAGUCUUUCGUCUCUGAUUUCGAAGACAACAAGGUGAAAGCGCUGAUCUUUGAAGAGCGACCGAACAUACGGCUGAGAUACCUGAUCACAGCGUUCCAUUAUAGGAAUAGAGUGGCAUUUGGUUUUGUCGACAUGACCGCGCGCGGCACGCAGCACGCGCGCGGCCGCUUCGGCGUGCAGCGCCACACCGACACCAUGGUGCUGCUGAAGGAGGACAGCGCGGAGCCCUGCGCCACGGUCAGCACCGGCGAGAUCCCCACGCAGACGCUGCGCCAGCUCAUAUCGGCCAAUCAGAUGCUGACGCUGCCCAGGCUGUCUGAGCAGAGUGUGUUCGACACAGUGUGCCCCGUGGAGUGGCGCGCCAACCGCCGCAGGCUGUGCUGCGUGCUGCUCUGCGGCGCCGGCGCCGGCGCAGCGCGCGACGAGCUGCGGAGGAUGGCCCGCGCCGCGCCCGAUAGGCUGCAGUACGCCUAUGUGUACACUCACAAGCAGCCUUACUUCGUACAAGCACUGGCUAAUGGAUCUGGCAGCGACUCAUCAAAAAUGGACCACCGCAUCGUCAUAAUAUGGCGUCGGGAGGCGACCAGGAUCCAGUACGAGUGGCUCAACGAGACGUGGCCGUCCUGCGCACACGCACACUGCUGGGCCGACGCGGCGUCCACGCAGCCAGACUUGUUGGCGUACCAGCACAAGCUGAACGAGACCAAGAGGGCUUUGGAACAGCUCAUCAAGAGGCUGUUGAAGCCGACUGAGGUUAUGGCGUACGAGACUCACGUGCAGGAGCUCCUCGACGAGGCAGCACACGGCCCCCUCUGGCGGGCUGUGGUGAAGCUGUGCGAGUGGUGGGAACGAGCCCUGCUCGCCCUGAAGACGCACCACGCGGUCUCGCUGGCGUCCGUGCUGGCCACCGUGGCGCUGGUGCUGUGCGCCGGGUACCUCAUACAGUACCUCGUACGCGUAGAAGAAGAAUCUAUUCAGCGUCAGAAAGAAGAGCGUCGCAAACAGAGCAAUAAUAAGAAGAAUAACAACGAGCCGCCGCCCGAGAUGAGAUUACACGAACUCAGGGCGGAAAAAUAUAACGGGCUGGUCAGAUUACUUAAGCCAGGGUGCCGGACAAUAGUGCUCCUAGUGGACAUGCAAAGCCGGGUGCAGCUCUUGUCCAAAUUCCACAAGAUUGUGUGGCCUUAUCGCAAGAACAAGACUCUCCUAUUCGCGUACCUGAUGGUAGAACGGAAUAUAGAAUGGUUCCGUCGCGUGCUGCAGCUGUCGCUGGGCGGCGCGGAGCUCAGGGUCAACGCUCGCAACUGUGUGGGCACUGUGCUGGCUCUGAAUCCACAUCGCAAGUACUUCUGCAUCUACCACGCCAAGCACCCCGAGUGUGCUAAACCUCACAAGCGCAUGUCCCGCAUGACCCGGUCGCUGGGCCACGCGCUGGACCCCGAGGCGGGCGCCUUCAUCGGGUUCCACACCGACCUCUCCUCCUCCUCCGGCGACGACGCGCCAGAGCCCCCCGUCUUGUUGCAAGAGAACCUUCUAGACGGCCUGGAGAACUGGCUGGACCGUUUGUUCGAAGGCAGCACUCACCGGUACUACAUCAACUAUUGGCCCGACAUGACGACCAAGUGAACGGCCACUCGACUUUAUUGUUACGUCAAAUGAAAAAAAAAAACAAAAAUAUGACAACUGACUUUGCAUAGGUCCUGAUGCCUUAGUGCUGAAGCCUGGUGUGUUAAAAACUAUUUGUUUAUGUAAAUAUUUAUAGUUUUAAAUGAUACUGCCCAUUGUAUUAAGAGUUAAAACGGUGUUUUCGAGUUAUAUUUUAAAAAAUAUUAAGUAAUUUAAAACUUGGCUUCCGGAUUUGGCUAGAAAAAUUUACAUUUGUUAUUUUUUUUGUUGGGUACAAACGCCGUCACGUAAAAUGUAUCUUUCGGGGACUGUUGCUAAAAUACUAAAUACAUUUGAGUAGAUCGUUAUGCAGUUCAGUGUACCAAUAUGGACUUAGGUAUGUUGUCUUCUGUUAUAUUAUGAAGUGUUAUUUUUAUAAAGGGAAGUAAUUUAGUUGUUAAACGAAAAAUAUAUUUGAAUUGUACGAUAUGCAAUCAUGUUUGUGAAGAAAUAAAUUGAAGCAACAAUGUCGAAAAUAAUUUUCGAUUCCACUUGUUAUGUUUAAAGAUUAAUUUAUUAAUCGAUAAGCGAAAUCGCUCGUUAUGGAAAAAAUAGUUCGAUAUUUGUUUGAAACUUGAUAAUCUCAACUCUUAAAAACUCUUUUAUCCUUAUUUGAGUUAAAUAUUAGUGCCUGAGUAGGGAGUGGCAUAACUUAUCUUAGAAUAUAGGUGUGAGAAUAUAACCAACAUAAAUAACCGGCACGAAACUAAAAAUAUUUGAUUGAAAAUAAAAAUUACAUUUUUUUUUCUUGCCACCUCUUUCAAAUUAAUGUAGUUGGAAAGAAAGAGAGACAAAUUUUUCGUUCUUUCCUUUAUUACACUACUUAGAUAAAGUGUCUCAAGGUGAUUUUUCCCACUUGAAGUUUGUUUAAGUGCGUGUUAUUUUAAGGUUGGUUACAUUCUCGCAAUUCAAAGUGUACGAGUUCGUUUAUAUAAAAUAAUUCACACGUUUUAUAACGCUUAGGUAUAAAUUAGCGUAACAUUGAGACACAAUAAUAGAAGUAAUUCGAGUUAUUAGGGACAGUAUUAUGUCUUUGCACUUUUUAGAUUGUAAAAAAUAAACAUAUAUAAAAUAAAAUCACGCCUCUUACCCGGAGACUAAGGCAGAGAUUAAAUCAACUCCAACAAUCAGGUGUAAACGAAAAUAGUCUUUAUUGCAACGGUUUAAGAACUAAUACAUCAACAAAAUGUUGACAGUAAAAUUUGUGGAAUAUGAACUUUAUCGUCAUUGCAAUUUGGUUAGAUUUUCUUUAAUCUUGAUUCAUAAGCUUUGGAAGUGCGAACGGCUUAUAAUGUAAAGUUGCUUGCCGCAUCGCCGUCACUUUUGAUUUUGUCGCAAACUCUUUUUCUAUAUUUCAAUUUUACAUAGAUUAUAAUAAAAUAAAUAAGGAAUUUUCUAAAUCUUACAUUGUAAGUAAGUAGUCAAGGCUUCACAGGUUUUAUUAAGGUUUCGUAAUGAAUAUCGUUAUUGUGAUAUGAUUUCCUCCAAUCAGGAGAGUGCCAUAUUACAUUGGAUUCAAGGGAAAUAUUAUUAUCGUGAAUAAAUUUUGGCUUAAAAGCUAGCAACACUCAAAUGGAUGGGGCACAAUUUUGACAUAUAAACGGCAGCCAUUUUGUGCGCCAAAAUGGUAUGUUAUUUCCAUAAAUUUUCCCUUGGAUUUGAUAUAAAAUCACCAACUGUCAAAUCCAUGAAAAAUUAAAAUAAUGUUACUACUAUGUGGUAUUUUGUGUCUAAUAUUUUUAUCUUAUUAAUUAGUAUUAAACUUGUUUGUGUAUUUAUUAUACAUAUAUCUAGAUAUGUUUUAACCUGUUGAACAAAUUGUUUAAGUGUUCCUAUUUCGUGUAAUUAAGUUGGGUAUUAUUGUGCUAGUCAUUAUAAAAUUAUAUUACCAAAUAUAAAUAAUAUCUAUAUUAUAGUGGUUUCCGGUAGGUAGAUUGAUAUGGUGUGUGGUACAAGCCAUCAAUUAACCUUUAGUGUUAGGAUUUUUCUACCAUGACAUUUGUAUUGUUUUGUCGUGGUGUUUUUUUAUUUAAUAGAUUGAAUUCACCCUGUAUCUAAAUUGCACGAUCGCGUUUAAGACUCCCCUGUACGCUUAAGUUUUCAUAAUGUGUUUGACAAUGAAGUUUUGGCGUUACUUACUGUUGUUGGUAACGACAAUAAACUCAAUUUUACCUACAACAAAUCUGCUUAUGAUUGACAGAUUGCAUGAUCAGCAAAAAAACAAAAUCUUCCGUUCGUACUAAACGUACGGUCGCACGUUGUUUGGCUUAAGCGUACAGACGAGUCCGUAUCGCUGAGUUCCUACACAAGCAUAGCUACGCGGCUCGAAGUCAUUAAAGACCAAAUUACUUCGCUUCGCUUUUUAAAAUGCACCAUACGAAUAUUUACCGCCAGCUUCACUGUGUUCGAAUAUCAAGAUACGUUGUUCUAAUUUAAUUUUGGAAAAUGCUGUAGGCCCGCGGUGUGGUUCACAAUAUUUGGCAAGGCGUAUUAUCUUAUAGUCAUCUCUUUCUCCAACUCCGAAGUUAACCAAAAGGAAGAGAGAGACGACAUGUCUUGUCAACGUACGCGAAUGUGGACCCCUUGACCUAUAUCGCGCUUUUUCACAAUUUUAAAGAAAUACGUGGAGCUUAGUGGUUGGCUGAGGUUAUCACGCCACUUUGGUAGUUUUAAUUUCCAGCACAGGCCAAAAUUGUGUUUUGUUUUAUCAGAUGUAUGUUAAAUAGUUUGUGGCGUAUCCACGACCCAAGUUAUGAGCUUAUCAUGGGCCUUUCGGUGUUGUCUUUUAAUUUAUUAUAAUCGACGAGAAAUAGAUUUUUUACGGUAUGUAAAGGUGUAAAUUUUAUUUUUAAUGGCCAAGCAAAGGUUGAUAAAAUUUCUUUAUUUUUAUUAGGUUUUUGGGUGUAUUGAAUGUCAAAUGUUAAAAAAUUACUCGGUUGGUCGAUUGUUAUAAAGUAGAUUUUCACACAGCGAUAUCUAAAGCACUUUAACAAGUUUUCAACGCCAAUUUAUACAUACGUGCUAGAAAAUACUCUACUGUCUCGUAAGAUUAUUGUUUCCUAAAACAAAUUUGGCAUUGAAUUGUUUAGAUCUACAGUUGAAAUUGAAGAGGUGGUUGAUAGAACAUUGUAAAAAAAACUGACCACAGAAAGAAAAGACAGCUGUAUUAGUACGAGAAUGCUUCUAGAAUUGCUUCUAAUAUUUUGAGUAGUUUAUCCACUUGUGUAUUUGUAUCUUUAAAUAAAUUUUACAGCAAAGGUAUAUCAUUGUUAUUUUUCAUCAAUGUGUCAAAUCUGUGCAUUUCUUUAAACAAAAUUUAUUAAAAGACAAAUUUUCUAGGAUAUGUUUUGUCUAACCUAACAUUUAACUCGUACUUUUUGAUUGAUACAAAGGAGUUGCUAAUAUUUUUUGGUUAAUUUCGCGACAUUUAAGACUACAUGUAUGCAGAGUCAUUCGAUGUGGCUUAUCUUAAUAAAUAUCUCCGAAUUUAACGGAAAAGCACAAUAUAAUAGAACAUGGAAAUUGAAUGAUGUAUGUAAUACGAAAGAAAUAUUGAAAGAGCCAAUUCUAAACAAGUACAGUCAACAGUAUAUCGACUUACCCAAGUUCACUGCAAAUUCGCCUCUUUACCGCGUCAUAGAUAUAUGUAGGGUAACUUGAUAUCCAGUUGACCGUACUUCCCGCUUACCAGAUUCCUUUUGUCUGUCUUGCUUCAGCGUGACAUAACGUACAAAAGUUUAAAGCAAAAAAAAAUAAUUCCUUUCGAAAACUCCUUUUAUAUAAGAGUACAAUUUAAUAUCAAUGUAAUUUUUUCACACUUUCAGUCUUUUCAAAACUGUUGACCCUGUCUACCCCGUAAGGGAUGUAGACGAGGUAAUAUGUAUGUAUGUAAUUUUUAACCUAUUAUUUUUGUUAUUCCUGUGUUGGUCUGUAUAUGGGUUGUUAGAAAUGCUUUUAUUAUAUACUAAAAAUAGUUUAAAUUAUUUUACAUAAUUGUUAUAAGAAUUGAAUCUAUCCUUUAUGUCUUAAUUCCAGUAUAAAUUUUUAUAAUAAAUGAAUGACUAAAUAUUAAUCUAUCUUUUAUUAAUUUUUUACCGAACAUAA